AUGGCUAAUAAUGGAAAAAUAAAUCAUUACACAGAGGUUCUUCUUAGCAAUUAUGUAGACAAGAACUUCCAAAACAUGCUUGUACCCUUGAACGUCAUGCAACACAUUUGCUUCUGUCCAAAAUUCAGAAUAAUGAACAAUUUUAUAACGCCCAAUCAACUUCUGCAGAACAUCAAAACAGUUUUAGGUUAUAUUCUUUUCAUGACUGCUUUCAUCAUUCGUUUCAUUAUAUCCAUUAAUAUUCCCAAUGGCGGGAGCAUUUUCUUUAACUUCUUAGAUUUAAUCUUCUACACUUUUGGCCUUGGCAUUAAUUCACUUUGCUGCAUUAUCAACAGCAAGUCCAACAUUGAUUUAAUAUGGAUCGUAGAAUUAGAGUCAUCUGAAAUAUCGAUCGCGAUUAAAAGAGAUGAUGGAUUUUGGAAUAGAAUGUUCAAAAUGUAUGUAAAUAUUCAAGAUGCAUUUACGAUCUUCAAAAAGGUUUAUCAAGUACAGAUUUUAUUUCAUGUAGUUGAAUCGUUUUUUCAUGCAUUACUUUAUUUGCAUGGAAUCAUUGAGAGGGGAGAAAACGAGGAUGAAUGGGUAAAUCUUUCUAAUAUUUUUCACAAAUGUCACAAUUUGAGAGUAAAUUUGGAAAGGGAAAAUUUUUUCACUGGAUAG